AUGAUUUCACUGCUGCACUCCAGCCUGGGAGACAGAAAGAGACCCUGUCUCUUAAAAAAAAAAAAAGAUUACAUUUUAUGCUUUUAGAGACUGAAGGAAUCUCAGAGAUCACUAAGUGUUACAGGUGAUGGCAGUGAGACAAAAAGAAGCUGUCUGACUUGUGUAAGUCCCUCAGCUAUUUAGGAUAAGAAAUGGAAGUGGAACCCAGGGGCUUAUUAAGUCUCGGAUCCCCAGCCCACAAAGUCUCACCCAUUGGUUCUCAGUCCUGACAGUGCAUGAGAUGCUUGUGUGCUUCUUCAAAAUAGCAUUUUAUUAAGGCUGGAGUGAGAACCAGGUAUGUGCAUAUUUAAAAAUUUCCAUUUGAACACUGCAGAUCUGAUCAGUCACAAAGACUGACUGAGUUUCUGUAGCAUCUCAGGCUCCCUCCUUAGCUUUCUGUCUUUAUUUCCACCUCUCUAUCCCAAACACUAUCCCUCCAAGCCUGGCUUCCAUGUUUCCAGCUUUCUUACUUCAAUGCAGCUUCACCAGAUGGAUUUUCCUAAACCACUUUUACUGUUAUGCCCCUCUCCUGUUCCAAAAUUUUCAGUGGCUUAACCCAAAGAUUCUCAACUCCUGGGGCAUAGAAGCUGAGCUCUUGUUCAAAAGCUAAUUCCAGGGCUUGCUGUUAACAAUUCUGGUUUAGCAGAUCUAGAGCAAGUUCUGGGAAACUGCAAGCAUGGGGCAGUGGAAGGGGAUUAAUUCUCAUACAAAUGGUCCAAAAAUGAUACCGUAAGAACCACUGCUCCUGUACAAUAAAAAAUGUUAAUCUGCUGAUCAUAAUUUAAUUGGAUUGAAUAACUCAGUGAUUAAGUUGUAUUUAUUUCUCUUCAUUUUACAGUCAAAAAAAGUGAGCUAGAGUGUCUCAUAAGACUCUUCUACAGUUUGGUGGGAAGAGCUGGUGGAAGAAUUGGUAACAUUGGGCUAGAUUGUAACACAUUUCGAGGAAUCCUGUACAGCGUAUUUGGAAUGACUGAUGAUAUGUUGAUGAAUAGGGUGUUUUUUGCAUUUGACAAAGACAAUGAUAACUACAUAAAUAUUAAAGAAUGGGUUAAAGGAUUAUCAGUGUUUCUUCGAGGAACUUUUGAAGAAAAGCUGAAGUUCUGUUUUGAAGUUUAUUUGAAUGGAGAUGGUUACAUUUCUCAAGAGCAAAUGUUUGACAUGUUGAAGAACAGUCUACACCAACAGUCUUCUGAAGAAGAUACUGAUGAAGUAAUAAAAGAACUGGUAGAUAUAACACUGAAGAAAAUGGAUUAUGACAGUGAUGGCAAGAUAUCUCUUGCAGACUUUGAAAAAGCAGUAAGAGAAGACAGACUUCUAUUGGAGGUGUUUGGACCAUGUUUACCAGAAGCAAAGGUAUAGUUACUAGUGCCAACAGCCCAAAUAGAUUCAGGAAAAAUUUUAAAGGGUCAGAAAGUAAUACUUGCUAGACACUCUCCUCUGUUGAGCUGCAGCCCACUGCUGAAAUUAGGGCAAUCAUUGAGAGUUUAGCCCCAUCCUGGCAUUUGGGCCCCAAGAAAACAUUCAUGAUUAUUUCAGUAACUAUAUUCAAGACUUUCAUUGAGCUUUUAACCUCUUUAGCAACACGCAAUUCCUGUUUCCUGUAAGUAUGGUGUAUUUCCCAAACCAAAUCUAGGGUAUAUUGGCUUAAGGGCUAGAACACUGAAUGAAGAGUUUCAGCAAGUAUACCACAAACUACUAGAACACUUGAUCCCUUUCAACCCAAUUGCUGUCAAUGUUUUUAAAAUUUUGGAGACAUAGAGUACUUUGUGCUUAUGAAAGUUUUUCAUGUAUGCAUCUGACAAAAGUUUCCUGAGCUGCAAGUGUCAGUCUAAUAAUUGAUUUGGCCUUAACAUAUUCUUCCUUUAUCAACUGUACUUUUCAAACACUGGUAUACAAAAGCACUUUUUUUUUUCUUUUUUGAGACAGAGUCUCCCUCUGUUGCCCAUACUGGAGUGCAGUGUUGCAAUCUCAGCUCACUGCGACCUCUGCUUCCUGGGUUCAAACGAUUCUCAUGCCUCAGCCUCUUGAGUAGCUGGGAUUAUAGGCAUUUAC